AUGUUCCUGUCUCACCUGUCAGGCGUGCGUGGCGCCUCGGAGCUGGCCUUCCUGAAGGAGCCCAGUGACGUCAUCGCGGCGAGGGACCGCCCCCUGAUGCUGGACUGUCAGGUGGAGGGGGAGGGGCCUAUCUCCAUCACCUGGCGAAGGAACGGCGUUCCCGUGGCGACCGGCGUCAGGGCGACGGUGCUCUCUAACGGGACGCUGCUCAUUAAGAACUUCUCUAAGAGGCGAGAGAGCAACGAGACGGACGCGGGCGAGUACGACUGCGCCGCUCAGAACCGCUACGGGAUGCUCAUCAGCCGCAAGGCCCGAGUCCAGCUGGCCUCCCUCCCUAAGUUCCUGUCUCACCCUGAGUCCGUGGCGGUGGACGUAGGGGGCGUGGCCAGACUCACCUGUCAGGUAAACGGGAUCCCAGAAGCCAACAUCACCUGGCAGAGGAACCGCGGUCCGCUGAGCACCGAGGACCCCCGGUACACUCUGCUCCCCAACGGCAUCCUGCAGAUCACCGGCGUCCAGCGAGCCGACAGCGGCUUGUACCGCUGCGUCGCCGCCAACAUCGCCAACACCCGCUACAGCCACGAGGCUCAGCUGUCCGUCACCGUUGCAGGGUCCAGGAUCUACAAGGAGCCCGUCAUCCUGUCCGGUCCUCAGAACCUCACCAUCAACGUGCACCAGACCGCCAUCUUGGAGUGCAUCGCCACAGGGAACCCCCGCCCCAUCGUGUCCUGGAGUCGCCUUGACGGGCGGUCCAUCGGUGUGGAGGGGAUCCAGGUUUUGGGAACGGGGAACCUGAUGAUCUCCGACGCCACGCUGCAACAUUCAGGAGUCUACGUUUGUUCUGCCAACCGACCAGGAAGUAGAUCCAGACGCACGGCGCUAGGACGGCUCGUCGUACAAGCUCCUCCAGAGUUCGUGCAGUGGCCGCAGUCCCUGUCCCGGCCAGCAGGGGGCAGCGCUGUGUUCAGCUGCACCGCAUCUGGAGCUCCGGAGCCACAUCUCAUCUGGCUGAAGAACGGGAAGCUGCUGGUUGCCACGGGAAACGUCAAACUGAGCAACGGGAACACGACUCUCUCCAUCACCCGCAUCACUCCCGAUGACGAGGCGAUCUAUCAGUGCAUCGCAGAGAACAGCGCCGGCACCAACCAGGCCAGCGCUCGCCUGGCCAUCAGCCAGGGACCCGAACUACCCGAAGCCCCCAGAGGCCUCCGAGCUGAGACCCUCGGCCCCAACGGACUCCAGCUGACCUGGGAACAGCCGCCAGAGACCGUCAGCCAGAGCAUCAUCGGAUACGUCCUGCACAUCCGGAGACUGGGAGAGCCGGACAGUGCAGAGCUUCAGGAAGCCGUCAGUAAAACAACCUUCAAACACGAGUUCGCCAACCUGGAGGCAGCGACCACCUACAGCAUCUACCUGAAGGCUUACUCUGCUCUGGGAGGAAGUCAGCAGUCCAACACCAUCACCACGACGACGCUGGGGGGGGUUCCCAGUUCUCCCAGUUUCUUCACCAAAGUGUUGAACCAGACGGCCAUGCAGGUGUACUGGGAGCUGCCCAGUAAGCCGGGGAAGGUGGAGGGCUUCAGACUGGAAUACCGCGGGGUUUCCAACCCAGAUGUCCAGGGGCAGGAGACCUUCCCAGGACACAUCAACACCCACACCAUCUCAGACCUGGAACCAGCAGCGGUCUAUGAGAUCCAGUUGGUGGCGUUUAACGGGAACGGUGACGGUCCGUCUAACCGUCGCCUGGUGUCUCUGUCAGAGGAAAACCCUGCAGCAGCUGGUCCGAACUGUAACUGUGAGCAGAAGGACGGUUCCGUGUCCACCAUGCUGGUCGGCAUCCACAGCGGCCUCGCCUGCAUCCUCUGCUGCCUGCUCUUCAUCCUGCUGGGAUUCAGACGAAAUUUGUUGUGCAGGAAGACGAUGAGCUGGGAGACUCCCGCCACUCUGGACGCUGUCAGAGGCCCCAAGAUCCACACACCUGAGAGCAUCGAGCUGAGCCAGAGAUGUGACUCCGCCUCUCCUCCAGUGAUGAUCAUGGUUGAAGCGACUCCACCCGUACAGGCUGAUGCUGGCGUCACCGUGGCGUCGCCAUGGCGUCGAGGAUGCUUCCUGUUUAAACCAAAACCUUUUUCCUUCAGUUUGAGUCAUUUUGAGUUUGUCACCGUUGAUGCCGAGUUUCCUGAGACACCGAGGCCUUCCGCCAGCCUGACCAGAGACCGGGUCCUCAGAGCUUCGUCCAGUCCUGCUCCCAGGACCCAGACACCUUCAGUCCCAAAAGAUGCAAAAACCUGCUCCAGAUCUGAGCAUCCAGGGUCUAAAAACCUUGUGAACCUUAAACCUUCCCGACAGGCUGCGAACGAGCUGCUACAACCCAAUAACUACCUCAUCUACCUGUGUCAGUCCUCACCCUGUUGGACAGUUUGGGUCCUGAGCAUCACUGGAGAAGUUGCAGCGUUGCAGAGAUGUUUGAAAGCAUCUCUGCUGGUUGUCAUGGAGACGCCUCCUCCCCCGUCUGCAGACGUCUCGCCUCCACCCGAGGAGAGAGGACGAGGAGUUCAGGGUCAGCUGACACCUGAGAGACAAGCAGGUGAAGCAGGAAAGUUUGGACACUCUGGACGUCUCCGAGCGGGACGUCCUCUGAUGAAAUGUUUGUUGUUUUAUUUUGGCGGAGGCAGCUGCUUCCUGUGCGGCAGAUUGUCGGCCAUGUUUAAACCGAUGUCUGAAGUCUUAUAA